AUGCAGGAGUGUUUGGAGGGGCAGGAAGAUGGCAGGCAGGUGCAGCAAGGACAAGCCUUCGAGGCUCAGCCGGCUGGGCCAUGCCACCGGAGGGCCGAAGGGCCCAGCUGUCCCGGGACAACUGUCCCUUUCCCGGGGACAGAAUGGAAGUCCAGCUGGCGGCACCAGGGGCGGGGGGGCGGGUGGAGAGGCCUGGGUGGGGGCCCGGAUGGGUCAGGCCCUGCUGAAGUUCGAAUCUCCACGCAGGCUGGAGCCGUGGCCCAAGCAGCUGGUGAGGAGCCUGGGACCUGCAAGUGUCCCCAGGCUCAGCUGCCGCCGCCGGUGGCUGACGAGGAGGCCAGGGAGGGGCUGCUGGGGCUGCCCGGCUCCUUCAAGGAGCUGUUCACCUUCUUCUGCGCCAACGCCACCAUGCACGGCGCGACCCGCCUCGUCUGCAGCCAGAACCACCUGAGGAAGGCGUUCUGGGGGCUGCUGUUCCUGGGCGCCCUGGGCGCCCUCUACUGGCAGUUCGGGCUCCUCUUCGAGCAGUACUGGCGCUGCCCCGUCAUCCUGACCAUGUCGGUGCACUCGGACCGCAGGCUCUUCCCCUCCGUCACUCUGUGCGACUUGAACCCACACCGGCCCAGACUGGCGCGCCGAUCCUUGCAGGCUCUGGACGAGUUUGCCCGCGAGAACAUCUACGCCCUCUACAAGUUCAACUUCAGCCACAGUGGGGACGCCCCCCGUGCGCAGGCACCGGGCCCGGAGUCCGCCUUCCAGCUGGACCGCACAGUCCGCCUGCAGAGGCUGGACGGCCAGAACGAAGUGGGCUUCAGGCUGUGCAACCACACCGGUGGCGACUGCUUCUACCGCGCCUACUCGUCGGGCGUGAAGGCCGUGCGCGCCUGGUACCGCUUCCACUACGUCAACAUCCUGGCUGCGCUGCCCGCGGACCGCGAGGACAGCCACCGCAGCCACGGCGACCACUUCGUCUACUCCUGCCGCUCCGACAGCCAGGACUGCCAGGCCGGGCACUUCCAGACCUUCCACCACCCCGUCUACGGCAGCUGCUACACCUUCAACAGCGAGUGGGCCGCGCAGCGCCCGGGCAUCACUCACGGCAUCAGCCUAUUGCUCAGGGCAGAGCAGCAGGACCACCUCCCGCUGCUGUCCACGGAGGCCGGCAUCAAGGUCAUGGUUCACAAGCGCGACCACACCCCCUUCCUGGAGCACCAAGGCUUCAGCAUCCGCCCAGGGACUGAGACCACCAUCCGCAUCCGAGAGGAUGAAGUGCACCAGCUCGGGAGCCCCUACGGCGACUGCACGGACAGCGUGCGGGACGCAGAAGUCCCGCUGCUGUACAACGCCUCCUACACCAUGCAGGCCUGCCUCGUGUCCUGCUUCCAGCAGCUGAUGGUGCACACCUGCUCCUGCGGCUACUACUUCUACCCCCUGCCCCCCGGGGCUCGGUACUGCAGCUCCGAGACGCACCCAGCCUGGGGCCACUGCUUCUACCGCCUCUACAGAGAACUGGAGACCCACCAGCUUCCUUGCACCUCACGCUGCCCCAGGCCCUGCAGGGAGUCUUCUUACAAGCUCUCUGCUGGGACCUCCAGGUGGCCCUCCUCCAAGUCAAGGGACUGGAUCCUGGCCGAGCUGGACAAGCAGAGGCCCGGGGGCCCGAGCCCGCGGAGCAACGUGGCCAAAGUGAACAUCUUCUACCAGGAGCUCAACUACCGCACGGUGGACGAGACGCCUGUGUACUCGGUGCCGCAGCUGCUGUCAGCCAUGGGCGGCCUCUGGAGCCUGUGGUUCGGCUCGUCUGUCCUCUCCGUCCUGGAGCUGCUGGAGCUGCUGCUCGACGCCACGGCCCUCGCCCUGCUGCUGGGCUGCUGCCGGCUCCGCCGCGCCCUGGGGUCCCAGCCCGUGGCUGUCCACCCCGAGCCGGAGGCCAACCAGCUGCCUAGUGACUGCAGCCGUGACGCCCGACGCCCAGGGGCCCAGCCGGCGAUGCUUCCCGGGGCUCUGGCACGGGUCUCAGCUGAAGAGUUAGGUCAAGUGUGUGUCUGCCAAGACUCCUGACGCUGAGCCAGCCUGGACUUAUAGUCUCAGCUGGGCGUUGUAGCAGCGUUGGGCUCUCCUGGCUGCCCAGGGCCAGCACCAGACCAGCGCCAGAGGGUCUCCCUGGCCAGCGGAGCAAAGCCUAGGGCCCAGGAAGCAGUGGUAUCAGAGCCCAAGAGCUGGCAGGCAGGCCUAGGGCACCCAGCACAUCAGGGUCCCUGGCCAGUACGGCCGUCCUGCCUACCAGUGGCCUCACAGCUCUCAAGGAGCCGGGGCAGGGGGGAGAGGAGCACCCCCACCACUCUGGAGUCCCGUUCCAGACGUGACUGCGUGUGCACACGUGUGCGGUGGUGAGCACGCCCAUGCAUGUGUGCAUUGGCACGUGCGCGUGCCUGCGUGUGUAUCCAUGUACGUGUGAUGCCUCGGGGGACGCCUCCACACAGGAGUGUGUCUGUGUUUGGCUUCAUGUGUUCGCCUGCACCGACACGUCUGCCUGCACCUGCGUGUGGGUGUGCACGAGCAUGAGACAGAGCCUCCCCCCACUCAGGGCGGGCGGAGGGAAGGGCAGGGCCAGUCUGAGGCACUUGAUGGCCUUGGGCUGCUUUGCAAUAAAACUGUUGAUCCCACCCAGUGGCUAGAACGCAUGCCUGCCUCCCCCAUCACCCUUUGCACGUGAGCCGGAAGCCUCAGGCUACACCGCCACGCUCCUCGGAGCCACGGACACUUGGGGGCCUGGGGGACGGGAAGGCACUGAGCAUGGGAGCGCAGGGCUGGGCUCCUCCGAGGGACAAGACCGGGCCCAGGCCAUCCUCGCCCGCCCGUUGGCCUCCACCCUCCCUCCUGCUGGGAGCCUCCCUCCAGGCCAGAGAAGGGCAGACAGGCCGGGGAAUAGGGGUGUCAGGAGCCAGUUUUCAUCAACGCCGCCCCAGGCCCCCCAUGAGGUGUCUGGGUUCUGCCUUAUUGCCUCCUUUUGGGCCCUGCUGCUAACCCGCCCAGCCACCCUCGG